UCCGAGGAGGAAAUCGGGAAAUAUUUCCAGCAGCAGCAGCAGCAGCAGCAGGCAAGAGGAGGAGGGCUGAAGCCAGCACCGCGGAGGAGGGACGGCGGGUUUCUCCCUGCCCGCGCCACGGAGGGAUGCGGAGGGAGGGGAGGUUGCCUGCGGGGCGAGCCGGCUGAACGCAUCCCCGGGACGCUGUGUGUGUGUGUGUGCGUGCGUGUAUGUGCGCUCCCUCCUUCCCUCCCUCCAUCCAUCCAUCCAUCCCUCCCUCCCUCUCUCCCUCCCUCCCUGCCGCCGCCGCGCCGCAGCCGCGCACCGGGGCUCCGCCACUCCCGCGCCCCGCUGCGAUGCCCCGCCGCUGCUGAGCCGGCUCCGGCCACAGCGUCCGCUCCUGCCCCCCACGACAGGUCGAGGACGUUUGGGACGCAUUUGGUGGAAGCGGCCAUGUCGCGAGCAACUCACCCACCCUUCUCCCCAGUGAGCUUCCAGCUCCUGAGUGUUAUGCUGGUCUUGCUCUGCCAUGCAGACGGCAUACAUGCAGAGAGCCCCAGCGAACUACCCCUGAAUGACACCGAGGAGUGCACUGGCUCCUACAUCUGCAAAAAGGGUGUGAUUUUACCAAUAUGGGAACCCCAAGACCCCUCAUUUGGUGACAAAAUCGCUCGGGCAACAGUGUAUUUUGUAGCCAUGGUGUACAUGUUCCUGGGAGUAUCUAUCAUAGCUGACCGCUUCAUGUCCUCCAUCGAAGUCAUUACGUCCCAAGAGCGGGAAAUAACCAUCAAGAAGCCCAACGGCGAGACCAGCAAAACCACGGUGAGGAUCUGGAACGAGACCGUUUCCAACCUCACGCUGAUGGCCUUGGGUUCAUCUGCCCCCGAGAUCCUCCUGUCUGUUAUCGAAGUGUGUGGCCACGGCUUCACGGCAGGGGACUUGGGACCAAGCACAAUUGUGGGGAGUGCUGCAUUUAACAUGUUCGUCAUCAUUGCCAUCUGUGUUUACGUCGUUCCGGAUGGAGAGAUAAGGAAGAUCAAGCACUUGCGAGUGUUUUUUGUUACGGCGGCCUGGAGCAUCUUUGCCUAUACUUGGCUUUACAUUAUUUUAUCUGUGUCUUCUCCUGGGAUUGUGGAGGUUUGGGAAGGCUUGCUCACCUUCUUCUUCUUCCCCAUCUGUGUGGUGUUUGCCUGGAUAGCUGACAGGAGGCUGUUAUUUUACAAGUACGUCUACAAGAAAUACCGAGCUGGCAAGCAGAGAGGCAUGAUCAUUGAGCAUGAGGGUGACCGGCCCUCCUCCAAAGCUGAUAUCGAGAUGGACGGAAAGGUUGCUAAUUCUCACGUGGAGAACUUUUUGGAUGGGACUCUGGUGUUGGAAGUAGAUGAGAAAGACCAGGAUGAUGAGGAAGCCAGGAGGGAAAUGGCUCGGAUUCUGAAGGAGUUGAAACAAAAACACCCCGACAAGGAAAUUGAACAGCUCAUAGAGCUGGCCAACUACCAGGUCCUGAGCCAGCAACAGAAGAGCAGGGCCUUUUACCGCAUUCAAGCCACUCGGCUCAUGACAGGAGCUGGCAACAUCUUGAAGAGACAUGCUGCAGACCAGGCCCGCAAAGCAGUCAGCAUGCACGAGGUCAACAGUGAGGUGGCAGAAAAUGAUCCCAUCAGCAAGCUUUACUUUGAGCAGGGCACCUACCAGUGUCUGGAGAACUGUGGCACUGUCGCCCUGACCAUCAUUCGCCGGGGAGGUGACUUGACCAACACGGUGUAUGUUGACUUCCGGACAGAGGAUGGGACAGCCAAUGCUGGCUCUGACUAUGAGUUCACUGAAGGGACAGUGGUCUUCAAGCCUGGAGAGACCCAGAAAGAAAUCCGUGUUGGUAUAAUCGACGAUGACAUAUUUGAGGAGGAUGAGAACUUCCUGGUCCACCUCAGCAACGUCCGUGUGAGCACCGAGGCCUCGGACGAGGGCAUUCUGGAGACCAGUCGUAUCUCAACGCUUGCCUGCCUGGGGUCACCAUCUACUGCCACCGUCACCAUCUUUGACGACGACCACGCUGGCAUCUUUACCUUUGAGGAGCCGGUAACACACGUCAGUGAAAGUGUGGGGACCAUGGAAGUGAAAGUGUUGCGAACCUCUGGUGCGCGAGGAAAUGUUAUCGUGCCCUACAAAACCAUUGAAGGCUCAGCCAAAGGUGGAGGAGAGGACUUUGAAGACACCUGCGGGGAGCUGGAGUUCCAGAACGAUGAGAUAGUGAAAUUCAUUACCCUUAGAGUACUUGACCGUGAGGAGUAUGAGAAAGAGUGCAGUUUCUUCCUUGUGCUUGGGGACCCGGUGUGGCUACGACGAGGAGUGAAAGGUGGCUUCACCAUCACAGAGGAGAAUGAGGAGAAGCAGCCACUGACCAGCAAAGAGGAGGAAGAGCGUCGAAUCGCAGAGAUGGGGCGCCCGGUCCUGGGGGAGCACAGCAAGCUCGAAAUCAUCAUCGAGGAAUCCUACGAGUUCAAGAACACAGUGGACAAGCUCAUUAAGAAGACGAACCUGGCCUUGGUGGUUGGCACAAACAGCUGGAGGGAGCAGUUUAUCGAGGCCAUUACUGUCAGCGCGGGGGAAGACGACGACGACGAUGAAUGUGGGGAGGAGAAGCUGCCCUCCUGCUUUGACUAUGUGAUGCACUUUCUGACCGUCUUCUGGAAGGUCCUUUUUGCCUUUGUGCCCCCGACAGACUACUGGAAUGGCUGGGCUUGCUUCGUUGUCUCCAUCCUCAUGAUCGGCCUCCUGACAGCUUUCAUCGGUGACCUGGCGUCCCACUUCGGCUGCACCAUUGGCUUGAAGGACUCGGUCACCGCCGUGGUGUUUGUGGCACUGGGGACAUCAGUGCCAGACACGUUCGCCAGCAAAGUGGCAGCGACGCAGGACCAGUACGCGGACGCCUCCAUCGGGAACGUCACCGGCAGCAACGCCGUCAACGUUUUCCUGGGCAUCGGAGUGGCCUGGUCCAUCGCAGCCAUCUACCACGCGGCACACGGACAAGCCUUCCAAGUGUCCCCCGGCACCUUGGCCUUCUCCGUCACCCUCUUCACCAUUUUUGCUUUCAUCAGCGUGGGCGUGCUGCUCUACCGGCGGAGACCCGAGAUUGGAGGUGAGCUGGGCGGGCCGCGGACUUCCAAGCUGCUCACAUCCUCCCUCUUUAUCCUCCUCUGGCUCUUGUACAUAUUCUUCUCAUCUCUGGAAGCCUACUGCCACAUAAAGGGCUUCUAAAGGGACAAUCAGAGAUAGUAAAUAUAUAUAUAUCUAUAUGUAUCUAUAUAGAGCGAUAUAUAGGUAUAGAUAUAGAUAUAACGCUGUGUAUGAUGAUGAACAGAGAAAGAAUAAAAGAGAUUUGCCAUGUUCACACACCUGCUGACGGAGAGCGGCUUUGGAGCAUCCUUUGAACCAGGCGGGAGCCCAAAGCCAGCAGGACCCCUCCCCAGGCAGCGGCCCCGGGCAGGAGCCCGGCCCCGGGCAGGGCCCCUCUCCGCGACUACCGACGCGAGCGGCUGGUAGCCACCGAGCCCUCUCCCAUCAGUCCCUCCCGCCCGCCAGCCCGCCGGCAGGAUGGAUGCGAAGGCGACCAGGGCACGGGGAAGGCCAGGGUAGGUGGUGAGGAACAGAGCAGAGGGCGAGGGAAGGAGAGGGGAAGGGAAGGCCCUGCUUCUCCGCCCGCCGCCCGCCUGCCUUCGCCGCUCGGGAGCAUCCCCUCUGGCCCCGCUCCGGAGAGAAGCCAGAGACCGGACUGAAGACGAGGGGCAAUCGGGAGCUUUCCAAGGAUAGAACACAGACCGUUUCUGUCAUUGAUUUGGGGUUGGUUUCCUUUGGGGUUUGUUUUCGUUUUGUUUCGCUUUGUUGUUUUGUUUCGACGUGUGUACAACCAACAUUUCCCCACCCCCCACCCCACGUGCCCCUCACCUUCCCCCCCCACACUCCGUGCUGUCCUGAGCCGAGGCCGUGGGGAGCGGCGGGGGCCUCCUGCCCCACACCCUGCCCACCUCCUCGGGCAUGCUGUCGUGGUACUUGUAACAUUUGCAUGAAGGAAAUGAACCCUAUCUGUAUAUAGCAUCCUAUAGCGAUAGUCCUCCCAAGCCAUGUGGGUUGAGCAUUACAGAUACAAGUUGUUUUCUUUUCACUGGGUUUUAUUUAUUUGAGUUAGC